AUGGGAGGAGGAGUUGAGAAGUGGGUGGUUCUCUUUUGCCCAAAAUGGUUCCAGCCCUGUCAAAAGCUGGAACUGCUCUUCUACGACUUUGCCAGAACAUGGCAGCAGAAGCAAAACAUGGAUUCUUCCUUCAUCCACUUGCGCUUUGCUCAGGUAGACUGCGCAGUGGACAAGACCUUGUGCAAUCAGCAGCGUGUCACCAGGUACCCCUUCGUGGCUAUAUACGGUGCUGGUCAGCAGCUUCAUACCGCAGGGAUCAACUGGAAGCAAGAUAUGUCGACACAGAUGCAGCAAUUCUUGGAGAAGUUGGCCUUUCCGGCCAGCGGGGUGUCUUCAGAGAGCAUUCUCCCAAAGCUCCUGGAGGAUUUUUACGAACAUCGGGCCAUGGAUGUGGUCCUGACCCUCGCAGCCUUGCUGGUGAGUGUCCAGUUUAUGAGAAGCAACUCCAACUUCUUCCCUGGAUCUGACGUGAAACGCCUUGAGGAACAGCUGCAGGAGAGCCAGGCGGAUGUGCAGAGGUCCGCGGCAACCUUGGGCUGUUCUGUGGAGAUGUCACAGAUGUGGGAGGUGGUUGGUGGUGCUGAUAAGGGCGGCAUCAUCGUGCGUGAGGAUUUAGAUUUGGCAUCGCCAGCUAUCAGCGAAAGGCUUGCCACUGGUUCGCAGGUUAAGGAGUUAAGCUGGCAAGAUGGGCGUCUACAGUAUGAGUUGGUGUGUGGCUCUGGCCCAAGGAAAGGCUGGGUCACAGUGAACUUGAAGGGCAAGGACCUAUUGAUGCAGAUGCCAGCGACGCAGAAGGAGGUCUCAGUCGACUCCACCAGUGAGGGCGAACAGACCUGGGAUGCCUCUGCUGAGUCCACCAGUGACGUUGAGCUUUCCCCGGCCUCAACGAAGGAUGAGAAGGGACCUUCCAAGGACGAAAAGGAGGCCUUUGAUCAGUACCUCAACAAGUUUGGUGAGAAUCGGGCAGGGGAGAACCCUGGAUACAAUCGCCAAGCCUUUCCCUGGGCUGGGCAGCCGAACAAGAAGACUACGCCAAAGGAAGCGAUUGAAGCCGUGCUGCUGGCGAAUCAGCCUAAGAAGGACGGGGGGUAUAGACAACCUCUCAGCGAAGUGGACUCGGAGGGCGAGGAAGUGCCUUUGUGCACAAGGUGUUGCAUGCCAGUGGGGCAGUUUGCAUAUGAGGGCCGACAGGGGAGACGCAGCUGGGUGCACGCUGAGUGCAUGGCACAAGUUCUCGUUGAGGAUGCCCAGCGACAUGAAGACAGGCGAGCUUCUUGGGAAGCAGAGAAGAAGCUCAAGAGUCGCAAAGAAUACGAGAUCGGUUGGCGCAUGGACAGUGUCCCACAAAACGCCGUGCUGGCAGAGCGUAUGGGCUGCAGCACAGCUUGUCCCGGGCUGUGCUGCUUGGUGCUUGAUGAGGCUUCCAGAACCGUCAAGGUGGCACCUACCCUGGAGCCAGCUGCUGCAGUGAAUUUGGAGUACUUGCUCCUGGCAUUAAAGGUGCGUAAGACUGCUAAGCGCGAACCACUCUUCUCCUUAGAUCCAGUGGAUCCGCAGAACUUGGAGAAGACUCCGCAGAAGAAGGUCUAUGAACCCAGUUGGCUGGCCGGCACCAGUGUUGGAGAUGUCAUGUUCCAAGCAGACUACUUCCUGAAGGAAUUGGCACUGGGAGAGUACACCAUGCCAGUGGCUGGCAUGAUGAGCGUCUUCGACUGGUCCGAGGUUUCGAGCACGGAGAGGGAUCGCAACUGGUCAGGCCGCGAAUGGUUUGUGGUGCGCAAAGCCGAGGUCCGAAUGUCGGUGGAUCAGACCCUGGUCCCCGUGGUGAAGAUGGGGGUGGAGGCCCGGGAGCAAAUCCUGACCAAGACUGGGCUGGAAGAUGCAGCUGUGACGGCAAACACACAUCCAUUGAAGAAAUUUGCCGAUGCCUUCACGCGCAACUUCGACCUUGUUGCCGAGCGAAAGAGUGUGGUUUUCCACUUGCGUGAGCUUGCGAAGGCCUCGGUGAUGGCGAAAUAUUUGGUGGAUUCCAACAUCCGUGUCAGUAGCAGCUGGUAUCAACUGGCAGAUGAGAUUGUGAAAAAUACCGCGGCAGAAGCCCAUCCUCAGAUCCCGCAGCUAUGGAAUAUGAGGGGAAACUCCCGUAUUCAAUUGAAGAAUGGCAGACUGAUUGACAUGAUCACUGGCGGACAUCGAAACCUGCACGCCAUCUAUGGCGGCGUGGAGUUUGGCUUGGACCGCUUCGAGUUAGCCCAGCGCCAUGCCAUGCAAGGGCAGGCUGGCAUGCAGCUGGGUCAAUCAGGGCGACCCAUGUUCAUGCCUCAGCGUUUUCAGAUCGGACAGCAGGCCCAGGUGCCACAGAUGCCGCAGGGUGUCGACCUGAACUUGGACAAAUUCAACCUCUCCAGGAUCGAGAAGUUCGCUGGCUACCUGCCAGCUGCUGCUGGCACCAAUGACUCGCUGGAAGCCAAAGUCACCUUGGGGAAGGCCUUUUUGAAGGGCUUGAGAGAGCGGAAGUAUCCUGGGCUGAAAGCCGAGUACGAAGACCUCCUGUUGAAGGUCUACGAGUCGCCCGAAUGCGACCGUAGCGAGGAGGGUGAUGCCUUUGUUCCUCCAGAUCCCAGUAUGGAGUACACUUCCAAGAUUCGUAGCCUAGUGAAUGAGGAGAAACUCCUCUUUGAGCGGCGACAGAUGCAUUUCUUUGACAAAGCAUUUCAGGUUGGAAACGCUGGAGCAGAGUUUCCAAGGUCCUGGACCUCGCGAAUUCAGCUGGAAAAGGAUGGGACCAAAACCGAUGUGUCAAACAAGAAGAUGGGCCUCAUUAAAGUGGACUUUGACGACACUUUUGCCAUGGUGCUGACGCAUGACAUUUUGCCCACGGCGGCCCCAGAAUUUAAGAAGCAAACCGAAGAUGGUUCCACGUUCCGGAUUUACCAAAUCGGCAGCUUGGAGGUACGCACCACACAGCUGAAGUUCGGUCAGGAGAAGGUCGGUGCCAUCUUUUCCAGCCGUGCCCCUGAGUGGCAGCUCAAAUGUAACGCCUCCAAUGCAGCGCAAGAGGAGAAGCUCCAGGAAUGCAAGGUGUUCAUUGAGCCUGCGGAUGGACAUUUGCAAUCUGGAAAGCAGCCACACCAUUUCUACCUGGUCUUCAAGACAGUCCAAGAGAAUGUGAUCGUGGUGGAACAGCUUUCUAACGGCUCGAGGGCGUUGGCUGUGAACCCCCAAAAUUUGGAAGAUCGCAACUCCCUGGCGAAGCAGCUCUUCACCGCUGAUUGCUCAGCCGCCACGAUCGGAGCGCUGAGCGCGAUCCAAGCACAGGGUGGAAACAUGCCCGUGUCCCUCUCAGUGCGCAAGCAGUUUGCCAAGAUGGUCUUCAAACAGAUGACGGGCCAGAGCUUUCGUGGACGAUGGGGUGGCUCUGUAAGACGAGUUGGUCAAAGUCUCAAACCGGCCAUGUCUGUUGGAGCCCCUGAGCUUGGGAUGCUCGGUGCCAAGAAACAGUACAACCUGCUGGGCUAUCUCAAACUCAAGUCUCGGUCGCGACGGGGCGAGCCGCAGCCGCUAGUGAUGGCGCUCUUAUGGGAGGUAGUUGGUGGUGCCGAGCACGGCGAGAUCAUUGUGCGCAGCGGAUGUGAGCUGACGUCGGAAAUGGCUGUGCGCCGCCUCUCCACCGGCUCUGUGGUCAAGGAGCUGAACUCUCGCGAUGGCCGAAUCGAAUAUGAGCUGGUGCAAGGGUCGGGCCCAGCAAAUGGAUGGGUAACCCCCAGCUUGCGCGGCAAGGAGCUUCUCGUCAAGAAGGCAGAGGUUUCGACCCAGGUGCAGGUCACCAAGCGUUCUGGACGUUCUGCCUUCUCACAAUGGGUUUCGUCUAAGGAUGAUGAGGAGGCAGAAGUGCAAACUGCUGAGCAGACUCUGGAGGAAGUGGAGCAGAAGAGCGACUUGCAAGUGGAGGAAGCCCCGGCGGCUGAGGAAACCCCAGUGGCUGAAAAAGGCCUGUCCUCGGAUGAAGCAGAUGCCCUGAAGGUUUACCUGGAACGCUUUGGGGAAAGCCGGGAUGGCUGCAACCCAGGCUACAACCGCAAAGCUUUCCCAUGGUACACGGCACCUGCUAAGCAGCCUGAGCGUCAGACGUUGUCAAAUGAGGCUCUGAAGUCAGCGAUGAACAAGCCGGUCCGCAGAAUCAUGAAGGACAAACACUGGGAGGCGGACUCAGAGGGUGAAGAUGUGCCGCUCUGCACGCGCUGUUCUCUGCCAGUGGGAGAGUUCAGUUAUCAAGGUAGGGAAGGCAAGGAGACGUGCGUCCAUGCAGAGUGCAUGGCUCAAGUCCUUAUCCAGGACCGUCAGCGUGAUGAGAACAGCCGGGCCAAAAGAGAGAACCUGAAGAAGCAAAAGAAUCGCAAGGAAUAUGACAUUGGUUGGCGAAUGGACAGCGUUCCAAAGAACACCACCCUUGCAGUGCAGAUGGGUUGCCCGGCGCCACCCCAAGGCCUGUGCUGCUUGGUUCUGGAUGAAACCUCUCGAACGGUGAAGGUUGCAGCCACUCUGGAACCAUCGGCUGCCAUCAAUUUGGAGUAUUUGCUGCUGGCACUCAAGGUCCGAAGGACUGCGCAACGGGAGCCCUUGUUUUCGCUGGACCCGGUGGACCCUCAGAACCUGGAGAAGACUCCGCAGAAGAAGGUCUAUGAACCCAGUUGGCUGGCUGGCACCAGUGUUGGAGACGUCAUGUUCCAGGCUGACUACUUCUUGAAGGAGCUUGCCCUUGGGGAGUAUGACAUGCCUGUCUUGGGCAUGCUGAGUGUCUUCGAUUGGUCGGAGAUGAAGGAAAGAAACAAGGCCUGGGCGGGCCGCGAGUGGUUCGUGGUUCGCAAGGCGGAAGUCCGCACGGCAGAGGAUAAUACCUUGAUUCCGCACGUGCGAAUGGGUGUUGAAGCCCGAGAACAGGUCGUGACCAAGAAGGGCAUGGAGGAUGCUCCUGUGACCCUGCCCAAUCACCCACUGAAGAAGUUCGCCGAUGCCUUCACCAAGAACUUUGAUCUCAUCGCAGAGCGCAAGAGUGUGGUCUUCCACCUGCGAGAACUGGCGAAAGCCUCGGUGAUGGCCAAAUAUUUGGUGGAUUCCAAGGCGCGUCUGGAUCCCGCCUGGUACAAGUUGGCUGAUGAGAUUGUGCAGUCAACUCCACCAGAACAAUAUCCUGAGAUCCCACAGCUGUGGAACAUGCGUGGCAACUCGCGCAUUCAGCUGAAGAAUGGCAAGUUGGUGGAUAUCAUUACUGGAGGUCAGAGCAGCUUGCAGGCCAUCUAUGGUGGUGUUGAAUUUGGCUUGGACAGGUUCGAGCUAGCUCAGCGCCAUGCAAUGCAGAGCCAAGCCAGAGGUCCUGGAAUGCCAUUGGCGCAGUCCAGCCGUCCUCUCUUCAUGCCCCAGCGCUUUCAGCUGGGACAACGUGGUGAGAUGCCUCAGGGUGUAGACCUGAACUUGGACAAGUUCAACCUCAGCACAGAAGAGCGCUUCGCUGGCCGUCUCCCACCCUGCAGUGCUGACGCUGGCUCCCUCCCGCACCGCACUGCUCUUGGCAAAGCCUUCCUGCAAAGCUUGCAAGAAAAGUCAUGGCCAGGUGUGAAAGCAGCAGAUGAGAAGCUGCUGUUGAACGUUUUUGCCGUGCCCCAAUGCGACCGCGUUGAAGAGGGCGAUGCGUUCAUUCCACCUGAUCCAAACAUGGAGUAUGUGACCCAGGUUCGCCACAUCGUGGGCGAGGAGGAGUCCAUGCGAACCCGCCGAAGGAUGAGAUUUGCCGACAAGAGCUUCUCAGUGUCCAAUCCGGGGCCCGAAUUUCCCAGGUCUUGGACCUCAGGUUUCCAGUUGGAGUUGGAUGGCAAGGUGCCGGUGUCUGCCCCGACCAAGUUUGGACUCUCCAAGAUUGAGAUCGACGAUUCCAUGAGGAAGAACCUCUUGGAGGAUGUGCUGCCAUCUGCUGCCUCAGAGUUUGAGAAGACGGCCGAGGAUGGAGCCAUCUAUCGCAUCUACAAGAUCGGGAGCGUUGAGGUGCGAACGAUUCAGGAGACUGACGGCCCUGAGACCAUUUGCGUGGUCUUUUCCAGUGGAGCCGCCUCUUGGGAAGCCAACUCUGCAAAGCCUGACGACCGAAUCGAAAAGGAGAAGUUGUCCAAGUGCAAAAUGUAUGUGGAGGCCGUGGAGCAUGAAGCUUCCAACGGUCGCGUUGGAUGCAACUUCUACUUGGUUCUGGAAACCCAUGGCAAGACCACCUUGAUGACGGAGCUCCCGCGCGGCGGGGAAGUCAGCUGGCUCCAGAACCCCCGCAGCUUAGAGGACCGGAACUCGCUGGCGAAGCUGCUCUUCCAAGCGGACUGCAAGGACCCCAUGGGCUGA